CGAUCAGGCGCUUGGCAUCAAACACCGUGUUCUUGGCAUUCAUGGCGACCUUUAAGGAGACAGAGUAACUAACCUUGGAAUGUAUUCCCCCAAGCAAAAUAGAGUUUUGCAAAUAAUAUCAAAAGUAUGAUAGUAAUUUUGUCCCUGAUUAUACAUCUUCAAUUGACCAGUUUGCAUCUGCUGUUGCUGUCCCAUCGCCUUGAAGCUCUUGAUGCCCUUGAAAUAAUCAACUACCAGACCACAAAAUAUACCAUCCCCGAGAAUUGGAAUGAAGAGCAUUCGGCGGCAGACGAAAAAAAUACAGAUGAACUAGAGGAGACUGAAACGGAGGAAAGCUAUUUGAAAUUCGAUGACGAAGGUCAGGUUCAAACGACGUCUUCCUUCGAGGGAUUGAAUGAGGGAGCCUUCUGUCGCCGCAGUUUUGAUGGAAGGAGUGGUUACUGUAUCCUAGCCUACCAGUGUCUUCAUGUGAUCCGGGAAUACCGGGUACAUGGGACACAUAUUGACAUCUGUACUCAUAGGAAUAAUGUGCCGGUUAUCUGUUGUCCUUUGGCCGACAAACAUGUCCAGGCUCAGCGCAUUAGUGCCACCAAAUGUCAGGAGUACAAUGUGGCGGCUAGACGACUUAAUUUGGCAGACACCUCGAGAAGCUUUUCCGGAAAGCAAUGUGUUCCUAGUGUACCCUUGAUUGUGGGAGGAACUCCUACCCGAAGUAACCUCUUUCCCCAUAUGGCCGCCUUGGGCUGGUCGCAGGGUGCUCAGGGUGCCCCGCCAGUGGACAUUAAGUGGGGCUGCGGAGGCACGCUUGUCAGUGAUCUGUACGUCCUGACGGCCGCUCACUGCGCCACCUCGGCAAACCCCCGGAUAUGGUUAGACUGGGAACAACAACUAAAUGAAACCAGUACUUUCCAGCAGGAUAUUAAAAUUCUCAUCAUAAUCCUGCACCCCAAGUACCGCUCGUCGGCAUAUUACCACGAUAUUGCUCUUCUAAAACUUACUCGUCGAGUGCAAUUCUCAGAGCAAGUGCGUCCUGCUUGUCUGUGGCAAGGACCUGAAUUGCAGAUUCCCACUGUGGUGGCAGCCGGCUGGGGUCGCACCGAGUUCUUGGGUUCAAAGUCAAACUCAUUGCGUCAAGUGGACCUGGAUAUCAUACCCCAGCUAAGUUGCAAGCAGAUCUAUCGCAAGGAGCGACGUCUUCCCCGCGGGAUUAUCGAUGGUCAGUUCUGCGCCGGCCACUUGCCAGGCGGCAAGGACACCUGUCAGGGCGAUUCCGGUGGACCCAUUCAUGCUAUAUUGCCGGAAUACAACUGCGUGGCCUUUGUCGUGGGCAUCACUUCCUUUGGCAAGUUUUGUGCUGCUCCAAACGCUCCUGGAGUGUACACCAGGAUAUACAACUACUUGGACUGGAUUGAGAAGAUUGUCUUCAAAAAGCAUUAAUCAGAUCAGCAGUUAUACAAAUAAAUGAUUUAUCUGAAUAAUUUAUUUUAA